AUGUCCGCAGUUCCAAGUAAACUAGAGAAUGUCUUUCAACUUGACCCUUACCUAAGAGACUUCGGUCAUGAAAUCUGCAGAAGAUAUUCUGUCUUCCAGGAUUAUUCCAGAAGGAUUGAUGAGUGUGGGGGAAUGGAAUCGUUCACACAAGGCUACAAGGAGUUCGGACUCCUUGUGCAGCCGGACAACUCUAUCAAAUGCUUGGAAUGGGCACCAGGAGCUGAUGGCUUAGCUCUCAUCGGAGAUUUCAAUAACUGGAAUAGAGAAGCUCAUAGAUACACGAAAGAAGAACAUGGGAAGUGGUCCCUCGUUAUUCCAGCCAAGGCUGAUGGCUCAUGUCCUAUUGCCCACGGAUCCUGCUUGAAGGUUUCCGUUACUAAAAAUGGCAAAACAGACGACAAAAUAAGCCCCUGGGCUCAGUUUGUCACAAGGCCUAAGGACAGUAUCAUUUACCAACAGGAGUUUUACAAUCCUACUACUCGUUAUACCUUCCAACAUGCUAAGCCUACACCAUCAAAGUCAUUGAGAAUCUAUGAAGCUCAUGUUGGUAUCAGCUCACCAGAAGGCAAAGUUAAUACUUAUCGUGCAUUUGCUGAUGAGGUCUUACCAAGAAUCAAGCAUCAAGGCUACAAUGCUGUCCAACUUAUGGCAGUUAUGGAGCACGUUUACUAUGCUUCUUUCGGAUAUCAAGUGACGAAUUUCUUCGCUGCUUCUAGUCGUUUUGGUACUCCUGAUGAGUUGAAGUACUUGGUUGAUAAGGCUCAUUCCCUCGGAAUUAGCAUGUUCUUGGAUGUCGUUCAUUCUCAUGCUUCAAAGAAUGUUGCUGAUGGUUUGAACGAAUGGGACGGAACUCCAGGCGGAUAUUUCCACAACAAUGCUCGAGGAUUCCACAGCUUGUGGGACUCCAGAUUGUUCGAUUACACUCAAAUUGAAACUUUACGUUUCUUACUAUCUAACCUUCGUUGGUGGGUUGAUGAAUAUGGUUUCGAUGGUUUCCGUUUCGAUGGUGUCACUUCUAUGAUCUACCAUUCUCACGGAAUAAACGAUGAUUUCUCCGGUGGAUACAAGAUGUAUUUUGGCUUGAAUGCUGACACAGACUCUUUGAUUUACUUGAUGUUAGCCAAUGACUUCUUGCAUCGCAAAUAUCCCAAUAUAAUCACAAUUGCUGAGGAAGUAUCAGGAAUGCCCGCUUUGUGCCGACCUGUUGAAGAAGGAGGACAAGGAUUCGAUAUGAAACUAGCUAUGGCUGUUCCUGAUAUGUGGAUUAAGAUUCUUAAGCAUCAACAAGAUGAGGAUUGGAAAGUCGGUGAUAUUGUAUUCACUCUGGAGAAUCGCAGAUAUGGUGAGAACCAUGUAGUUUAUGCUGAAUCUCAUGACCAAGCCUUAGUCGGUGACAAAACCUUAGCCUUCUGGAUGAUGGACAAAGAAAUGUAUGACUUCAUGUCUUGCAUCUCUCCAUUGACUCCCAUCAUUGAUCGUGGUAUCGCUUUGCAUAAGCUCAUUAGACUUCUGACUAUCGGUCUUGGUGGAGAAGCUUGGCUCAAUUUCAUAGGUAACGAGUUCGGACACCCCGAAUGGUUAGAUUUCCCAAGAGAAGGUAAUCAGGAGUCAUUCCAUUACUGCCGUCGUCAAUUCAAUCUUGUCGACGAUGAGUUACUUCGUUAUAAGUUCCUCAACAACUGGGAUCGAGCAGUGAAUAAUCUUGAGGAGAAGACAGGAUUCCUUCACAAGGGACCAGCAUACGUCAGCUGGAAGCAUGACUCUGACAAAGUAGUUUGCUUUGAGAGAGCAGGCUUGUUAUUCGUUUUCAACUUCCAUCCAUCCUCCAGUUUCCCUGAUUACAAAGUUGGUGUAGAUGCUGCUGGAACAUACCGAGUGGUCCUCAACAGUGACAACGCUGACUUUGGAGGUCAUUCGAGAAUUGAGGAAAGCACCGAAUAUAAGAGUUAUCCAUACGAUUAUGCUGGUCGUAGAAAUCAUGUGGUUCUCUAUAUCCCAUGCCGAACUGCUAUUGUACUUGCACGAGACCCUUAA